CCGCAACGCGGCUGCAGUUUUCAAACCUCAACUGUAAGCCCUGGUCCCCGAUUCCGCUGUCGUCGCCGGGAGCCACCUCAGAGGGGCCAGGCCACAGUUGCUGGCCGUUGUACGGAAGAGUACAAGUGCGUCUUGCCACCUCGGAGCUGCCCGGCGCCUUCAGCGGGCUGGAGCGGGAGAGCGCGUCCUGUGGCGGCCGCCGGCUUGGGGCGGGACGGGAGCCCCCUUGGAGGGGGCAGCCGCGGCAGAACCUGCUGCGGCUGAACGGUAAAAAUAAGUGACUAAAGAGUAUAUCUGGGAGUCAUCUAACAUGUCAAGGAGAAGAUUUGAUUGCCGAAGUAUUUCAGGCUUGCUAACUACAAUGCCUCAAACUCCAAUGAAAAUGGAAAACUUUAAUAAUUUUUAUACACUUACAUCUAAAGAGCUAGGAAGAGGAAAAUUUGCUGUGGUUAGACAGUGCAUAUCAAAAUCUACUGGCCAGGAAUAUGCUGCAAAAUUUCUUAAGAAGAGAAGAAGAGGACAGGAUUGUCGAGCAGAGAUUCUACAUGAGAUUGCUGUGCUUGAACUGACAAAGUCCUGUCCCCACGUGAUUAAUCUUCAUGAAGUCUAUGAAAAUACAAGUGAAAUUAUUUUGAUAUUGGAAUAUGCUGCAGGUGGAGAGAUUUUCAACUUGUGUUUACCUGAGCUGGCUGAAAUGGUCUCUGAAAAUGACAUUGUCAGACUCAUUAAACAAAUACUUGAAGGAGUUUAUUAUCUACAUCAGAAUAACAUUGUACACCUUGAUUUAAAGCCACAGAAUAUAUUAUUGAGCAGCAUAUACCCUCUUGGGGACAUAAAAAUUGUAGACUUUGGAAUGUCUCGAAAAAUAGGGAAUGCAUGUGAACUUCGGGAAAUCAUGGGAACACCAGAAUACUUAGCUCCAGAAAUCCUAAACUAUGAUCCUAUUACCACAGCAACUGAUAUGUGGAAUAUUGGUAUUAUAGCAUAUAUGUUGUUAACUCAUACAUCCCCAUUUGUGGGAGAAGAUAAUCAAGAAACAUACCUCAAUAUUUCUCAAGUUAAUGUAGAUUAUUCAGAAGAAAUGUUUUCAUCAGUUUCACAGAUGGCCACAGACUUUAUCCAGAGCCUUUUAGUAAAAAAUCCAGAGAAAAGACCAACAGCAGAAAUCUGCCUUUCUCAUUCGUGGCUACAGCAAUGGGACUUUGGAAACUUGUUUCAUCCUGAAGAAACUUCCAGUUCCUCUCAAAGUCAGGAACAUACGAUAAGGUCCUUGGAAGACAAGACUUCUAAAUCCUCUUGUAAUGGAACUUGUAGUGACCGAGAAGACAAAGAGAAUAUCCCAGAGGAUAGCAGCAUGGUUUCCAAAAGAUUCCGCUUUGAUGACUCAUUGCCCAGUCCCCAUGAACUCGUUUCAGAUUUGCUCUGUUAGCACUUUUCUCUUUGACUUAUUUGGACUGAAUUUGAAAUUUGAAAUCCACUCUAGUGUGAGAUUGUGGUUUGUAGCUUCAUAUGUGGUAUGUUUAUAAUGUAAAUGCACUUUUGCAUAGAAUUUAGGGAAAUGUUUUAAUGCUAAAUUACUAGUUACUAGCAUAAUUUCAUUUCCUAUCUUUAGAUCUCAAUUCUGCACAGAAGAAAAUAUUUAAAUAUAUGACAAAAAAUAAAAUUGUGCGUGUGAGUUUACAUGUUAAUAAAAUAAUUCAAGUUCAAGUGGAUUUAUCAAAAUGUUUUGCCUAUCAGGAAAAAAAAGCAAUUUGGUUUAUAUUAUAGUUAAUGUAAACUGAACAAAUGAAGACAUUUGAACUUAAAGGUUCUCCAAGGUUAAGUCCUAUCUAUACCAUGCCUCCAUUGACAGUUUUGUUUAGGAUAUCAGUGUCAAGUUUGAGCAAGAAUAUAUACUAUUUUAUAGAUUCUCAAGAGAUAUUUUACAUUUGAAAAUGUUUUUCAAUCACAAAUACUUCAAAACUGCCUAAGACUUCCAUUAUACAUCAUCUGCUCCUUUAACCAGAGCAGAGAGUUAGAAACCUCAUUAAGAAUAUUCCAUACAAGUUGGAGCAGGAAAAAAAGAGUAGAAUGGCAUUAUUUUUUAGCUCAGAUGUCUUUUGCCCACUCUCAAUAUACUACAGAUUAAUAAAAUGUAAAAGAUUGAGAGUCAAUAGUACAUAAAAUAGAGGAUUUUUACCUUCCAGAUUUUCUAGGUAGAAGAUACUUAGGUAAAACUGAAUGUGCUAUGUUUUUAGUCAGCCAAACAUAUUUCUUAACUGAAUGUAGAAGAAAAUGCUGACAGACUUAGUAACUUAAAGAAUUUUAGAUGUCUUCUAAGUCUUAGAAUAUAAGCCAGUCAUUUACAGUUCUAAAAGUAUGCGUAAAAAAUAUCACAGCACCAGUAGGACUAUUAAUACAAUGCCAGAGUCAGCAGUAGCACGGUGGGUGUGAUCAUAAAACAUGAUGACAUCAAGCUCUUCUAAAGUUCUUGUGUAAGAGUCCCAGUGAGUGAUGAGGCUCAGCAGAAGGUGAUCUCCAGUGGCCUUUAACAGUCUUUUGCUGAGACUAAUGCAGGUAAGAGUCUAGGGAGAGCAGAAUGUUUGGUCAGUGGCCAGUGACUAUGUUCAGUCCAAAUAGAGGGAAAUUUACUCCUUGUUGAUGACAUUCCACCUGGUGACUGUUAAAAAGUCUAAUAUUUAUCAUGUUAAGAUAGUUGUAACCUCAUGGCCAUGUUACUAUAUCAAGAGAAAUUGUAUUUUGACAAAAAAAAUCCUUGAGAUUUACUCCUUUGAAUUACAUAUUACUCUAAAACUUUUAACUUCUUGAAAUUUGGUAAGACUCCAAAUAAAAAAGUUUUAAUAACCAUCAGAUCACUUUAUUUGGCUAAAUGGUGAAUUCCUUUUACAUCUUAUACUUUUUAAAGGAAAAUUUAUAUCUACUUGUGCUUGUGUGCAUAGUUGUAUAUGUAUAUAUAUAGAUGUAUGUAUAUAUGUAUAGAUAGAUAAAAUAAAGUCUUUAGACAACUUUCUUUUAGAGGUUCUUUGCUCUAGUGUUUUGUGCUCAACUCAGGUGCCAAAGGAGUUCUCUUCUUGUGACAUGUAAAUAUACAUUUAAAUUCUUUAAGAAAUAGUUUGUUAGUUCAAUAAACUAGCCAUCACAGAAGCUAAAUUGGGCUCUUGUGUAUCAAAAACUGAUGAGUUUUUCUAAAUUGUUGAUUGUCCAUUUAAUGCCUUCAGUAUUAAGCUAAUGAAGGUAAAGUUUAGUGAGUCAUUGGAGAAAGAAAAGAUAAUUAGUUUUACAAAAGACCAUAUUAUGUUUUUAAAUUUCUAGAGGAAUUAUGUCAUACUAAAAAAUAAAAUGAAAUAUUUGAAUUUUGAUAAGCUAGUAAUAAAAAAAUUUUAUACUAUCUUUCUUUUGCUCUAAGAAAUCUUAAAACGGUUUAGGUUUCCCCUAGUUAAUAGAAUAUACAGAGUUGUAAAUUUUCAUACCUUUUUUUCUAAUAAGUUUUAUUGUAAAAAAGCAAGUGAUUGUGCAAACUGUACAGGAAUUCAAUUUUUUUCAUAAAGGUGGAUUUAAAUAUUUUUACUGAUUGAAAUGUGAAAGUAAACCAAUCUUUAGCAAGAACUUAAUAACAAAUUACUCAAUUCUUAACUCUUUUUUCCCAAGAUUGAAAACAAAUGUCUAUCAAAAUUCAUUAUAGUAGGAAUCUGGAGAGCCCCACUGAGAUGAAUAGAUGUUAGUAACAUUUAAAUGCACCUAAAGAUGAAUGUUAAAUUAUGAUGAGUUUAUAACGUUUAAUCUGCUUUUUCGAUAGGUCCCUGAUUAGAUGGGAUUAAAAAAUAGAUGAGGUAUUGAUGCCAGUAACAGUUGUCAUUUUCUUUCCCUACAAUUAAUUUAACUUGAGCAGUAAAAUUAUAAUGGCACUUAAAAGAAGUGAGCAGUACCUGUUCCCCAGCCUGUAAUGAGAUAAGAUGCCUGUGCCAAAUACAGAUCAACACAUUGCUUCUUUUAUUUAAAGUCUUGCCAUAAAAAAGUCAUUAGUAAUAUAAUUGAUUUUCAUUAUGGCACAUGCUCCUUCUUUCAUAAAUAGCUUCGUUCUAAACAACACUUACAAAUGUUGAUAUUUUAUAACUUUACAUUUCUUCUGUUUAUUUUUGAAUUAUCAGUUUGAAAAUAAAUAUCUGACUUGAAAAGUUGUUCUGAUUCACUGUUGUGUAAAUAAUUAUACUUUGAUUUCAAAUUGUAUUAAAAUUAAAUGAUCUGAGCUCCAAUUUGGGGAGUAAUUAUCAACUUAUAAUGUUAUAAAAGUUUAAAGAACUUUGAACUGUAAUUGUAAAUUUCAUACAGUUACAACUGCCCUCCAUCCUAAUUUUCAUUAAAUAGUCAUGUUGCUUAAGACAUAUUGACCAACAUUAUUAUGAAUACUCCAGUAAUAAAACUUAGUAUGUUAACUUAAUGAUCCUUUUGUUUAAAAAUUAAAAAGCACUCUUUUA